UGGGGGUGGGGAAAUUCUCAUAAAAGCCAUCAGGAUGGAGCCCCUCUAAAGCAGAGAGAAUCUCAAGGUAUCUGAGUCCAAGAGCCUCCUUGCUCUGCUACAAGAUCAAACAGAACACAGAGCAAACCAGAGCAGCUGCCCCCUGAACAGCCUUCCUGGGAAGAUGCACCUGCUUCUGCUCCUGCUCCUGCUCCUGCUGGCCUGCUUCCUGCCCCCCGGUACACAGGCAGGGGAGAUCCUCGGGGGACAUGAGGCCAGACCCCACUCCCACCCCUACAUGGCCUGUCUGAAGAUGUCAGAGAGAGCAUCAGAGUGUUUCUGUGGUGGUUUCCUGAUCCGAGAGGAUGUCGUGCUGACGGCUGCUCACUGUAAUCAACGUUCAAUCACUGUCAUCCUGGGAGCCCACAACAUCCGCAAGUCUGAGAGCACCCAGCAGGUCAUCCCAGUGAGCAGAGCCAUCAGUCACCUCAACUAUAAUGCUCACAGCUUUGCCAAUGACAUCAUGCUGCUGAAGUUGGAGAGAAAGGCCAAGCUGACCUCAGCUGUGCAGACCCUCAGGCUGCCCAGCCCUGGGGCUCAGCUGAGGCCUGGACAGGUGUGCAAUGUGGCUGGCUGGGGGAGAACUACUGGUUGUAACAGAAAACACCCAGACACGUUGCAAGAAGUCGACCUGACGAUGCUGGAAGAUUUUCAAUGUCAAUAUUAUUAUAAAUCAUAUAACAAAACCACACAGCUGUGUGCUGGAGAUAAGUGGGGAUAUAAGAAUUCCUUAAAGGGGGACUCUGGGGGUGCCCUUGUGUGCAAUGGAGUGGCCCAUGGCAUUGUGUCCUAUGGAGAUAUAUGUGGACAUGAACUAGGGGUCUAUACCAAGAUCUCCAGUUACAUGCUGUGGAUAAAGGGAAUCCUGCAAGCACACACAGAAAGCUGACUCAACAGGAGGACGCCUGCCUUUCCUAUGUGAGGUCCUGGCUGGGACUCCACCAAUGCUUGAAAGGCACAGCAGUGGCCUGUCUCUCUGCCCAUCUCUCUCACUUAUUCUCUCACUCUCAUUCUUGCAAUAAAAUAAUUUUUUUCUUA